GCAAAAUGAGGGCCGCAGCAGCAAUUGUACAGGUGCUGGGCCCACGGGCCCACACUUAGGAUAGCAACUUGUCACUUAGUACUUUUUCUUUCUUUCCUGUAGUGGCCGGAUAGAGACGCUAACACGCGCUCAUUUACCGCCUCCCCCCCAUCCCCCCCUGUAGGAGAUGACACAUGGGGUCUCAGCAUUCCUCCUCUGCCCGCGCCUUUUGCCAGCGAGAGGAGGAUGGCAGCCCGGAGGACUUGCUGGCUGAUAGAGAGCAGGAGGAAGCCAUCGCUCAGUUCCCCUAUGUGGAAUUCACUGGGAGAAAUAGCGUCACCUGUCACACAUGCCAAGGAGCGGGCUACAUCCCAGCAGAACAACUCAAUGAGUUGGUGGCUUUGAUCCCCCACAGUGACCAGAGGCUGCGUCCUCAGAGAACCAAACAGUAUGUUCUUCUGUCGGUCCUGCUCUGUCUCCUGGCCUCUGGCUUGGUGUUCUUCUUCCUGUUUCCACACUCCGUCCUGGUGGACGACGAUGGCGUCAGAGUGGCGAAAGUCACAUUUAAUAAACAGGACUCCCUUGUGGUGCUCGAUGUCACGGCCACCCUGAGAAUCAGGAACUCCAACUUCUAUUCUGUGGCAGUGACCAACCUGUUCAGCCAGGUUCAGUACAUGAAAGCCGUGGUGGGCACAUACAUGACCACUAAUGUCUCGCUCAUCCCCCCUCGGAGUGAGCACCCGGUGAAUUUUACGGUGAAGGCUGAGGUCGGAGGACCAUCUUCCUAUGUGUAUUUCUUCUGCACGGUACCUGCCAUCAUGGUACACAACAUCGUGAUCUUCAUGAGGACUUCUGUGAAGAUCUCAUACAUUGGCCACAUAUCCCAGAGCACCGUGGAGACACAACACUAUGUGGAUUGUGGGGCGAAUUCCACGGCUGUUUAGAGCCUGCCCUUAGUUCUCCCGUGGCUACACCUGUAGAAAGAAGCUGACAUCUGUCCCACAGCCCAGCGUCCGUCCGUGCUGACCCCGCGUGGUGUAAGCGGAGGAGGAAGCGGUUCUCUUAACCCACAGAAAGCAUCCUUCCGCACUCAGGAGAGAGCUGUCUUCACGGCACUUCGCGUUUUUCUUGGAACCAGCAGAAUCACUGCCCAGUGCCUAGUCCGUGCCUAGCAAAUAGUUUGCACUCAACUCCAUCUUGAAGAGUUGAAUUCAGACGUUUGGGCUGUCAUUGAGUCAUUAUAAGUUGAGGUGAACCAGGGUUCUAGCUUUUCAGACCAGAGUGACAUGAAGGUGGGAUGCCGGGGUGCAGCUGUGGAUGUGUGGGUACCUCAUGCCCGUGCACAGAAGCACAGGGUGGGGGGGGACCUCCGGGGAGCCUCUGCCGCUGCAUUUGUUACAUUUGUUUCCAUCUGUUCUCCAGGGCCCAGGGGCUUUGAAGAAAGGUUUGGGUAGUUUUUUCCCUUUCCCUUACAAAAUUGUUACACACCCCCGACCCCGGUCUACUGUAUGGCUUUGAUGUAGCUUUGAUCCACUGGCUGGACAUGGAUUGGGGGUUUGAUAGAAAAAUAAACCAAACUUUUGAUUGCUCUGUC